AAAAAAUCGAUUAUGAGGCAAAAACGUUGAAGAGGGCCCUACCUUGCUGCUUGACGGGCCGGCCAUAGGGUAAAUCCCCUGAAAGCAACUACGUAUGCGGCCUUUUCGCCUCUCGUCCAGUGGUAUCGCAGCGUGUCACCUCGUGGCUAGUCGGCAUCAACCUCGGCAAUAGGUGGGAAAAGAAAAAACACCAUAAACGGAACUUCCAGCAAUCAUCGCCAUGGGCGUCGUGUUCCCUACCUAUGGCGAUGAUGUCUUGUCGUACCUAGCUAGCUCAGCGACCCCACCACACCCAGCCGGAACCAAUCGCCCGUCCUCCCGUCAACUACACUCCCCCUCCACAUCAUGGACCAAUGGGUUGAUGUCAAACAGAAAGUAGGAGAAGAUUCCAAGGGGGC